CUUCUCCUCCUCCUGCCCGCGGCUCCCGGUGCUGCCGGUCCCGCCUCCUGCUCCCCGCGGCUCCGGUGCCGCCGAGGCCUGUCCCGGCCCUGACUCGCCGGUCCCCGGGGCGCCGCAGAGCCAUGGCGCAGCGAAGGGCGGCGGAGCGCGGGCCUUGCCAGGCGGCGGCGGAGAGCGCCAGGCACCAGCGGCAGCUUCUGGAAGGGAAAGCUCUUGCAGAAGGUGGAUCAGCUCGGACAUCACUUCUUAUUUUAGUGUCCAUCUUCUUAUCAGCUGCUUUCCUUAUGUUCCUGGUAUAUAAAAAUUUCCCACAACUUAGUGAAGAAGAAAGAGAAUGUAUAAAGGUUCCUAGAGAUAUGGAUGAUGCAAAGGCCUUGGGGAAAGUCUUGUCCAAAUACAAGGACACAUUUUACGUUCAAGUGUUAGUGGCUUAUUUUGCCACAUAUGUUUUUUUGCAAACAUUUGCUAUUCCUGGGUCUAUAUUCCUCAGUAUCCUGUCAGGGUUUCUUUAUCCCUUUCCACUGGCCUUAUUUCUUGUUUGUUUGUGUUGAGGACUUGGAGCUUCUUUCUGCUAUAUGCUGUCAUACUUAGUGGGACGUCCUGUUGUGUACAGAUAUUUAACAGAAAAAGCAGUAAAAUGGUCAGAACAGGUUGAACGACAUAGAGACCAUCUCAUUAACUACAUAAUAUUUUUGAGAAUAACACCUUUCCUUCCCAACUGGUUUAUCAAUAUCACAUCUCCUGUAAUCAAUGUGCCAUUGAAAGUGUUUUUCAUUGGCACUUUCCUAGGUGUAGCACCACCAUCUUUUGUAGCCAUUAAGGCAGGAACAACGCUGUACCAGCUUACAACAGCAGGGGAAGCUGUUUCCUGGAACUCUGUUUUUGUUCUCAUGAUUCUAGCCAUCCUCUCCAUCCUACCAGCUCUCUUCCAGAAGAAGCUGAAACAGAAGUUUGAAUAAGGAUCAAACUGGACCAGAAUUUCCCAUACUUCAUCUCAGGAUCAGCACUUCUGAUAUUUGUAUAUUUGCUUUUCUAUUGGAUCUUAAGCAAUUAUAGGGAAGGUUUGUGAUUGAUAAGAAUGUCUUUAAAUGAACACAUGGCCUUAAACUGAAGGAAAUGUGUUCAGAAAUGUACUGCAUAUAGUUUUGUAACCAAACACCAGUGUUUUACUUUGGGAUGGUGUAUGUGUGGCCCUCAGGAUGAGGGAAGUGAGAACAUAGAUGUAACAUUUUACUCUAGUUACAUGCAGAGCAAAAAUUGUGGUGUAGACAUAAACUACAGGUGAUGCUCUCUGACACUUGCAGGAAAACCCCCUGAACUAUUCAGCCCCAACUUUGUAACAUUCUCUGUAGGCUUGCAUGUGGUCUGGUCUGAGUGCAUUUCUCACUAACAAUAUUUCUCUUUUUUGCCUUGGGGAGUUUCAAAAUAAUGUAACGGUGCUCACUCAGAAACAAAGGUUCUUUGCAGUACUUUACAAUAUUAUUCUCAUCCUGGUUGUUUACCUCUAUUUAUUAGUGCUGUAUGGUAUUAAAUACUUGAACCUACAUCUGCUUUUCUUACUGGAUUAACAAAGGCAAAGUGUCACUUCAUUCCCUCUUGGUCCCUGUAAAGCUUUAUUCUGGGAGCAGAUAGAGGAAGGGAGGGAGCAGCUUAGAAUUCUUAUCUUGGCUAGCUGAUGAUUUUUAAGUUCUAAUUUUCAUUUUUUAAUGUUGAUUAUUUUGCCAAUAUUUCAUUUGCAUAGAUUUAUCCUGCCAGCUUAAGAAAGUGAUGGUAUGAUUAUAUAAAACUUGCAGUUUUCAAGUGAUUUAAAAACACUUAAGCAGUGUGAUGGUACCAUUUCUCAAGCAAUAUGUAAAGAGCAUAAAAUCUCUCAUUGCAGCUUGAUUAGCUUAAAGAAAUGUCAGGUACACAAACUGGUGCAGUUCCAAUCAAACAGCUGAUCCCAAAUAAUGUUCAGAGCACCAUGGAACAGCAGGCUCUUGUGUAUAUAAAAAUGGGAGUUCCAUUGUCUGCCAAGGCAGUGACUGGCAGUGGGCAGCCAGCCGUGACUCACCUGCAGUAGCAGUCUGUAUUCUCUCAGUAAGGUACAAGAUACCUUCCCCUGUGCUUCCAGCUGUGGUUUGUUGUGUUGUCAGUGGAACCCCGUCAAACAAGCCCUGGGCAGGGAGGAGCUGGGGACCACAUUGGUGUUUUAUCUGACUGAAGCCAGUGCUGCUCACAUGGUUUGAGCUGAUGCCCCAGCAGUGUCUUGCUGGAGAGGGACUCAACACAUCAGCAUCUGCUCCAGUUCCAGGGUUUAUUGGUCUGUGUCCUUGUGUCAGCUUGUGAUCAUAUCAUAGAUCUUCGAGAUGUAAGAGAACAGUUCAUGAAUGUGAUAGUGUAAAAGGUACUGACUGGUACCUUUAAAGGGUUUAUUCAUUUUUGUAAUUUAAUGUUAAUUGACUGCUUCAUUUCAUCACAGUAUUACUUGUAAAUAUAUAGUAAAUAUUAUUGGUACACCAUUUGUCUUUUAUUUAAAUCCAGGCUGCACAGUAAAUGCUAUUUUUUACAUAAGUGUAUAAAGGAAUUUAUAUCAGUUUUGUUUGCAGGUUUAUUGUAAGAUCACUCAGCUCCAGCAAUUCUUUUGUUACUUAGAAUUUACUCUAAAAGUGUACUUUGGCAUUUAAAACUGAACAACGAUUACUUUUAUUGCUGCCAUUCUAAUCUCCAGAGCUCCUCUACCCAGGGAAUUUAUUCCACAGUAAACCUGGAUGUGAAUUGAGCCAUGUGAGCAAGUGUCUCCAGGACUACUGAGUGUGAAGCUGCUGUGGAUUUACAACCUACUUUCCUGCAGAGUUAACUCCUCAUGCAGACGAACUCUCAGAAUAAAUUACCUACCACUUAUUUAACAGUGGCUUUUCUCAAAAUCUGUCUCAAUUCCAGGGCAGUAACAGAAGCUGCUGUAACAUCCCUCCCAUGCCAGUGUUUUGGUGGAGCCUUGUCGCUAAAGGAGGAGCUGAACUCUCUUUCAAUCUAACUUGGCAUUUUCACUGGCUUCUGUUUCACUAUGGAGAUGGGAUCAGGCUCUGUUACUGAAGACCUGAUGUGUUUCAGCCACAAGACUGGCCUCCCAUCACAAUAACUAAAAGCCUUAAGACCUUAAAAAGGUUCAAAAUAGGAUUCUUUACUUUUUCAAAACUUUAGCAUUUUUUUAACCCAUCCCUUCUGUGUUUAUCUUCAGCUGCCAGCAGCCUGAGGUGCUUCCCUAUCCCAUGAGGACUUCUGAGCGUUGUGCAGAGUGAGGCAGGCCUUGUGGAAAGCAAAAAAAGCACUGUGCUGUGGGGUACUGUACUAGCCUACACUUUCCUUUAGGGAAUCCAGCAAAUGAUGCAAGAGAUAGCCAUAACAUUUUGACAGAAAAACAGUGGCUACCAUGAAACAAACCAGGACAUCAGAAAGAUGUAGCUUUGUUUUUUAAUUGCAAGGGAUUUUUGAGCUGUUAGGUGACCUGUUUAUCUUUUGGAAGUUUUUUGUGAUACCUGCAUGACAUCAUUACUAAGUGUCUCUUGCCAUUUGAUAAUAAAGCUGUUAUAUAAAAUCUGAAAUGCUGUAUUUUUUGAGUAUAAUGAAGCAUUUUGAGCUUCCCACUAAGCUGAAUUUUUAUUAACCUGUUUAAAAGGGCUGAGUUCUUAAAUGGUAUUUUUAAUGACUGAUUAAAAAUUAAACUGAGCUGAUUACAUCUGUAGAUGAGAUUAAUUCUGUUUCUACAUUUAUUUCAAAAUAAGUAGGUAAAUUUGACUUCCUUUUAUCUCUGAAAUUAAUUCCUCACAUACAGCAGCAAUUUUAAAAAGUUUUUCUGGUUUGUAUUGGAAGGCAACUGAGUCCAACUUCUGUCUCUUUGAAUAUAUCUUUUUGCACAAAGUGCCUUUUUUAAAUUAAUCUCUUGUGGAAAAUCCCUGUGCCAAAGUUAUUGCAGCUUCAUUCACCUUCCCUUAAUAUUCUGUCAAGGCCAGUUUAUGAAAUGCUUUUUCUUCUUUGUAUAGAAAACUUGCUGAAAGAAUAAGGCAGAAGAAAUAAAAGUCAAAAUUAA